UAGAUUUGAUGACUACUCUAAAGUAAUAAUUCCUUUAUUUCUCACAUAUUUUGACUAUUUUGAUUUUCAUAUUCUCCUGGGUACACCAUUGUGGUCAAUGACACUGAUUAUUCAUUCAGUAAAUCCCUAAAUGGAUACUUUUACAUGAGGUCUUUCAUUCAAAAGCAUUAUCUACAAAAAAAUAUCAAGUAAGAAUUCAAUCAAUAAAAGAAUGUCGGCUCUUGCAUCAUUAACUGCUAAUUAUACUGACUCUGAAGAUGAAGGUACUACACCUAGCCAACGCAGACAUAUUGAAGAAGUGUCUAUUUCAAAUGUACCUCAGCAAGAACAUGUACCCAGUCCUCAAUUACAAAUACCGAAUUCGGCUCCAGCUGUAACUAAUCCAGAUGAUGACAAAAAAACUAAUCUUGUAUCAUAUUUUGAAGAUCACGAUAUUGUGAUGUCAGAUGAGGAAAUAGACAGACGUUCAGAUGUAGACGAAGAAGAUAUUUUACCGCCUGAACCUCAUGGUAGAUGCUCUAAAGAACUCCAAGAUAAAAUUACUCGAUUACAUGAAAAAAUGGAAAAAGAUGGCAUGGAUAUGAAUUUUUUGAUCCAAAAAAGGAAAGAUUUUCGAAACCCUAGCAUAUACGAAAAACUUUUACAGUUUUGUAAUAUUAAUGAAUUAGGCACCAAUUAUCCACCACACCUAUAUGAUCCAUUAAGAUGGGGUAAAGAAUCAUUUUAUGAAGAAUUGGGUCGCUUGCAGAAAGAAGAUAUGGAAAAGAGGCAGAAAGAAAGAAAGGAAAAAACUAAAGUUGAAGUUGUGUCUGGUACGAAAAAGACUUCAUCAAUCAAUGUUUCAAGUUCCCAUAAACAAGAUGACAAGAAAAGUAAAUGGGAUCUUACAACAUCUGUAACAGGUACAAAGGGAACAAUUAUCUCAGCUUUUGGUUCUUUACCGAAAAAACAAAAAUUGGAUAUUCAUUAAUUAAGUACCUAUCUAAAAUGUAAUAUUAUGUAACAUUGUAAAUAAACUAUUAUCUAUAAAGUAUUUUAAUUUUUGAAUAAAAGACAUAAAAUGCAAACCAGUUAUCAUCAUUAUAAUUAAAUUUAACUUUUGACUUUUGUAAUAUAAUUAUAUAAAUAGGUAUAUAAUACAAUAAAAAAAAAACAUCUGAAUUUGUGGUUUUAUGUAGUAAUAUAUGUUCAAACAGAUAGUUUAUACCUAAUAGUUAAUACUGUACAUUUCUACUUAUAUGCAUUUCCUAUUACACAAUAUUAAAUUACAUUUUUAUCAUUAAAAGCAAACCGCAAAAUAUUAAAUAUAUAAUAUUAUUAUUGAUAAAAUUGUACAUAAUAUAUUAUUUAUCAUAUUUUAUUUUAUUUUUGAAGAAAAGACAAAAAUAAGUAAAUAAAAGUAGUUAAAAGGUAAA